CGUGCCCGAAACACCCAACCGAUCGCGAGGCUCUUAUUCUCAACUUGUUCUCAACAGUCAGAAUGGCUACAGCUACCUCGUCAAAACAUGCUCAAAGCAUGCUCAAAAUGGCUAGGAAUUGGCCAAAAGAUCCUUUUAGACCUCAUCUUCAAUUAUCGGUCUUCCUCGAAUCCUUGUCGACACACCCUCAGCUCACUCCUCGAGCAGUUCAGGCGGUCCAAGCUUUAGAGCAUAGCACUAUACAAAAACGGUAUUCGCUAUCUGACAAGAUCUUGAAACCGGCUUCCGUGCCCCAUCACUACGAACGUCUGGUCGAAGGUUUCGAGAAGAGUGCACAAGGCAUAAGAAGACCAUUAUGGAAAAUUUUCUUCGGAAUCUGGUAAUCAUCAUUCGUCAUUUCAACUGCACUCGACGAUGCCCAUCAAUUCGCUGGCAUCUGACAUCGAUAUAACCGCCAAGAAUGCGUCUUCCGUGCGUGGAUAUGGGAAACUUUGCUAUAACAGAAUUGUUAACGGGCCCCGUUGGAGAAUGGUUAAUGGAAGAACCGUGAGCCCCAUUAAGUCUGCAUGAUUACUGUAGCAGAUCCGUGUAAAAACUUAAAAAGAAGUACUUGGAUCAACCAGCUUUAGCUUCCAGCUUCAUAAGUACACGACAAUGAAUAGCGGGG